CAGGGCUAUGACAUAAUAGUAUUACAAGUUUGUGGUUGACCCAAAGCUUUUUACAAGUUUGUUUACACAAUCGCAGAAUGUUUCUUUUGGAAUGUUUCUUUUUUUUUUUUUUUUUUUGGAACAGUGAUCUCUGAAGUAGGUACAGUGCAAUGUCGAGGGGAAAAGCCUAGUAAAUGGCCCAACCCUGAAGUUAAAAUAAACAUGUAAUAAUUCAAAUUAUUUUAUUAUAAUAGUAAUAUUCAUAUUAUAAAUGUGUAUGUAUGUGUAUGUGUGUGUGUGUAUAUAUAUAUAUAUAUAUAUAUAUAUAUAUAAUGUUGCCAUUCUGUACACUGAGUUUUAGUAGCCUAUAUAUUGAUUUAACAUAAAUACCUUGUGCGUGUGUAUAUUCAUUGCACCUAUCUGUUCAGUUCAAUGUUAUUUUCAUAUGGAAGUCCAUGGUUAUAAUUAUCCAUAAGUAUGCAGUGUCAUAAGUACAUCUCUGACGUUUAUAACAAACCAAACAGUUUGAAAAUCGGUAGAAAAUUGAGCAAGUUAUGGUUAUUUAAAAAGUACAUGCACCAUUAAAACACAAUGUUACGAGUGAGCGAGCUGACUGUUACAAGAUGGCCGCCAGGUGCGGACGUCGACCUCCACUGACCAGCAGCGCGGACGAGACAUCUAGCCUUUAUUAUGUAUAUCUAUGCUCUAUACAGCUGGGUGAUCCGCGCUUUACGAAUCGGUUAGACCAAAUCAUCGAAAAGAAUCGAUUCAAAGGAACGAUUCUUUUGAGAAUCGGGCAUUCAUCACAGUUGAGUUUGCCAGCUGACAGGCUGAGCACGCGGUAGAAUUACAAGAUCUCAGAGACUUGACCAUGGCUAUCGACGAAGAUAGAGGUGAUCCUUCACCACCAGUGACUCCAGCCACUAAAAUGUCCAGACAACAGAUAUUAACACUUAUUUCAAUGGCCUCCAUAAACUUCAGUUCAAUGAUCUGCUAUUCCAUUCUGGGACCAUUUUUCCCAAAUGAGGCAAAGAAGAAAGGUGUCAGUCAAGCUAUGAUUGGUUUAAUAUUCGGAAUCUAUGCAUUAUGCACUUUGGUGGGCUCAUUGAUACUUGGUAAAUAUAUUGUCCAGAUAGGAGCCAAGUUCAUGAUUGUGGCAGGUUUGUUUGUAUCGAGUGCAUGUACUGUACUUUUCGGGUUUCUUGACCAAGUGUCUGAUGGUACAGUUUUCAUCGUGCUCUGUCUUAUCACACGGUGCAUAGAUGCAAUCGGCUUUUCUGCCUCUGUUACAUCGUCUUUAGCAGUUUCAGCAAAAAUGUUCCCUGACAACAUAGCAACCGUUUUGGGCUUCAUGGAGAUUUUUACAGGUCUUGGCCUGAUAUUAGGGCCUCCAUUGGGUGGCUGGCUGUAUCAGUCAUUCGGAUAUAAAAUCCCAUUCGUUUUCACGGGAUGUCUUCUGUUUGUGGCAGUACCCCUCAAUAUGUGGAUUUUACCGAGCUUUGACGCUGUUCCUUCCCAGAAUUCCUUCCUCAGAUUGUGUACUAGAAUAAAGAUGCUUCUCAUCUGCUUUGUGUUGUUCACAUUGAGUUCAGGACUUGGCUUCCUGGAUGCAACACUGUCCAUAUUCGCCAUUGAAAAGUUUAAUCUCAGUGCCAGUUCAGUGGGGCUGCUCAUGAUUGGACUUUCACUGCCAUAUGGGGUGGCAUCACCCAUCUUUGGUAUGAUCAGUGAUAAAUAUCCUUCAAUUAGGAAGUGGAUGAUGGUGGUUGGAGGAAUGGCCACAGCAGUGAGCUUCUGUUUCCUCGGCCCAGUUCCCGUUUUUCAUAUUAGGAGUCAGCUCUGGCUCACCGUCCUCAUGCUGGUUGUGGUGGGCUUUUCUCUGUGUAUGACCUGUAUCCCCACCUUUGCUGAGAUGAUCGCUUGUGCACAUGAAAAUGGCUUUGAGGAGGGCUUGAGUACACUGGGAUUGGUGUCAGGGUUGUCCUCUGCAUUGUGGUCUAUUGGCAUGUUCUUUGGGCCGAUCAUCGGAGGCUACAUCACAGAAGCACUGAACUUUGAAUGGAGUGCAGGAGUUCAAGGCGCGCUUGCCUUUCUCGCUGCCUCACUACAAGCAUUAUAUUUCACAACAGAGCACAUACAAAAUAAGUCACAAAAGGCCAACAAGACUGAAAUAUCAUCUCAAGGAGAAAAAUCACCUCUUCUCCCUGAGACAGAUCGUCCCACGGUUGACAUCAGCUAAAAAUAAUCUGCUAAAAGCUUUUAAAUGGAAGAACAAACUUAAUCAUAUUGCUGCUAAAUACAGGUGAUGUGGAAUAUGACAGACUACUGACAAAUGAAGAACGCAGAGAAGAUCAAUACGUCUUAUUUUGAGAUGGACAUACCGUCCCACAUCAACUGAAACUUUACACAGGAGAUCUGUGAACAUUUACAAAGUAAAUGAUAAAAGUCCUGUAAGAAGAUUGAAUUAAGAGAGGAGACAAUAUGUUUAAUGUAUGAUUGUAACAAGAUGACAUUUACACCAAACAGAGCUGAGAUGUGCCUUGUGAUAAAACACUUAAAGUGUAUUUAUCUUUUACCCUGUUUAUGGGAAUUUUGUAGGGUGAUGUACAUAUUCCCUCACAAGAAAAUGCUUCCCAUCAACGGUUUGUUUUAAAGGGUUAGCUCACCCAAAAAUGAAAUUUCUGUCCUUAAUUACUCACCCUCAUGUCGUUCCAAACUCGUAAGACCUUCGUUCAUCUUCGGAACACAAAUUAAAAUAUUUUUGAUGAAAUCCGAGAGGUUUUUUCUCUCUCAUAGAAAUCAACAAAAUCACCACAUUCAAGAUCCAGAGAAGUAGUAAAGAUAUUGUUAAAAUAGUCAACGUGACAGUGGUUCAACCUUAAUGUU